GCAGACGUUUGAAAGCUGCUGCGGUAAGCACGGCUGUACGUUUAGGUGGCUCAACAUCCCAUUCCAGUUGAAGGGAAUUACUGUAACGUUGUGAGCAUGGAACUGAAUGAUGCGAAUCUACAAACCCUGACCGAGUUCCUGAGGAAAACAUUGGACCCAGACCCAGCAGUCAGGCGACCUGCUGAAAAGUUUCUUGAAAAUGUCGAGGGAAACCAGAAUUACCCACUGCUGCUUCUCACUUUACUGGAGAAAUCCCAAGACGCGGUGAUUCGUGUCUGUGCUGCUGUGACAUUCAAGAACUACAUUAAAAGAAACUGGCGCAUUGUUGAAGAUGAACCAAACAAAAUCUCUGAUGCUGACCGAACAGCAAUCAAAGCAAACAUUGUAAAUUUGAUGUUAAGCAGCCCAGAGCAGAUUCAAAAACAGUUGAGCGACGCCAUCAGCAUCAUAGGAAGAGAAGACUUUCCUCAGAAAUGGCCGGACCUCCUGACAGAGAUGGUGACCCGUUUCCGAAGCGGAGACUUCCACAUUAUAAAUGGAGUGCUUCGUACAGCACAUUCCCUCUUUAAGAGGUAUCGCCAUGAGUUCAAGUCAAACGAGCUUUGGUCCGAGAUAAAACUCGUAUUGGACACAUUUGCCCUACCUCUGACAGAGCUGUUCAAGGCAACGAUCGAGUUGUGUCAGACUCAUUCAAAUGAUGUCAAUGCCUUAAAGGUCCUCUUUUCGUCUCUCACGCUCAUUUCUAAACUUUUCUACAGCCUUAACUUUCAGGACCUUCCAGAGUUUUUUGAAGACAACAUGGAAACCUGGAUGACCAAUUUCCAUGGCCUCCUGACGUUGGAUAACAAGCUUUUACAGACAGACGAUGAAGAGGAGGCGGGUCUCCUGGAGCUGCUGAAGUCUCAGAUCUGUGAUAACGCUGCUCUUUAUGCUCAGAAGUAUGAUGAAGAAUUUCAGCCGUACCUGCCUCGCUUUGUUACAGCUAUCUGGAACCUUUUAGUCUCUACUGGACAGGAAGUCAAAUAUGACCUGCUUGUGAGCAAUGCUAUCCAGUUUUUGGCCUCAGUCUGUGAACGGCCACAUUACAAGCAUCUAUUUGAGAGUCAGAAUAUUCUCACCAGCAUCUGUGAAAAGGUCAUUGUCCCAAACAUGGAGUUCAGAAGUGCAGACGAGGAGGCUUUUGAAGAUAACUCUGAGGAAUACAUUCGAAGAGAUCUUGAGGGAUCAGACAUCGAUACUCGCCGUAGAGCAGCCUGUGACUUGGUGAGAGGCCUUUGUAAGUUUUUUGAGGGGCCUGUCACUACGAUCUUCUCUGGCUACGUGAACUCGAUGCUGGCAGAAUACGCCAAGAACCCCAGAGCGAACUGGAAGCACAAAGAUGCUGCCAUCUAUCUGGUCACAUCACUGGCAUCUAAAGCCCAGACACAGAAGCAUGGAAUAACACAAGCCAAUGAGCUGGUGAAUCUGACUGAAUUUGUUGUGAACCAUAUUCUCCCGGACUUAAAAUCUCCAAACAUUAACGAGUUUCCGGUGCUGAAGGCAGAUGCAAUAAAAUAUGUUAUGAUCUUCAGAAGUCAGCUUCCUAAGGAGCAGUUGCUGCAGGCGGUUCCUCUUCUAAUCACUCAUCUGCAGGCAGAGAGCACAGUGGAGCACACGUACGCUGCCCACGCUUUAGAGAGGCUGUUCACCAUGAGAGGCCCCAGUAACGCAACACUGAUCACUCCUGCAGAAAUGGCACCUUUUACUGAGCAGCUGCUCACCAACCUGUUCAAAGCUCUGGCUCUUCCAGGCUCUGCAGAAAACGAAUACAUCAUGAAAGCCAUCAUGCGUAGCUUCUCCCUGCUGCAGGAGUCCAUCGUUCCCUACAUUCCCACUCUGAUCGGUCAGCUCACUCAUAAACUUCUCCAAGUCAGCAAGAAUCCCAGCAAACCUCACUUCAAUCACUACCUGUUUGAGUCCCUGUGCCUGUCGGUGCGGAUCACCUGCAAAGCCAACCCCUCCACGGUCAGCAGCUUCGAGGAAGCGCUCUUCCCCGUCUUCACAGAGAUCCUUCAGAACGAUGUCCAGGAGUUCCUUCCGUAUGUGUUCCAGGUGAUGUCUCUCCUCCUAGAGAUCCACUCCAACUCUAUCCCUGCUUCCUACAUGGCUUUAUUCCCCCACCUGCUGCAGCCGGUUCUGUGGGAGCGGAGCGGAAACAUCCCCCCUCUUGUGCGCCUGCUUCAGGCUUACCUCGAGAAGGGAGGUGUGUCUAUCGCUGCUUCUGCUGCAGAUAAAAUACCCGGCUUACUUGGAGUAUUUCAGAAGCUUAUUGCUUCCAAGGCCAAUGACCACCAAGGGUUUUACCUUCUCAACAGCAUCAUCGAGCACAUGCCCCCAGAGUCCAUCACCCAGUACAAGAAACAGAUCUUCAUCUUGCUCUUCCAGAGGCUACAGAGCUCUAAAACCACCAAGUUCAUUAAAGGUUUCUUGGUGUUUGUCAACUUAUACUGUGUCAAAUAUGGAGCGAUUGCUCUUCAGGAGAUUUUUGACAGCAUCCAGCCAAAAAUGUUUGGCAUGGUGUUGGAGAAAAUCAUCAUCCCAGAGGUUCAGAAGGUGUCUGGAGCAGUAGAGAAGAAGAUUUGUGCUGUUGGCAUCACAAAGAUCCUCACAGAGUGUCCUGCAAUGAUGGACACGGAGUACACUAAACUCUGGACGGCGCUGCUCCAGGCGCUCAUUGGUCUGUUUGAGCUGCCAGAAGACGACAGCAUCCCAGACGACGAGCAUUUCAUUGACAUCGAAGACACGCCGGGCUACCAGACGGCGUUCUCUCAGCUCGCCUUCGCCGGAAAGAAGGAGCACGACCCGAUAGGAGACGCAGUCGGCAAUCCAAAAAUCCUGCUGGCUCAGUCGCUCCACAAACUUUCUACAGCUUGUCCUGGAAGGGUUCCCUCCAUGCUGAGCACCAGUCUGAACGCAGAGGCCCUCCAGUUCCUGCAGGGGUACCUGCAGGCCGCCGCCGUGCAGCUGGUGUGAACCUGACGAGACUCAUCAGAUCAGAACACCACAGGCCUGCUUCAGCUCAGUUUGUCACUUGAUGGAUUACAGGACAAAUACGAUUCUUGUGUCUGGCCUCCAUCAUCUGAUGGAAAGUUUUUAAAGGUUCUUAAAGGCAUGACCUAAAGCUGACAUCACCUCCAUCUUAAUGUU